AUGUCGUACGGGGACCGCCGUGUUAAACUUGCCCUGUUCGGCCUCGGCCGUUUGGGAGUCCUUCGAGCCCGUAUCCUUGCCUUCCAGCAGCCUCGGAUCGAACUCAUCGCGGUCUGCGAUACGAAGCUGGGCACGGACAAAUGGGCUGCAGAGAAUCUGCCAUCGUCUGUCAAAUACUUCUCAGACCCUCAAGAGUGCUUGAAGAACAGUGGCGCCGAGGCCCUGCUUGUGUGUACAGCAACCGCGACCCAUGCGCCCUUGAUAUUACAGGCCAUCGAUCUAGGUUUGCAUGUCAUGUGUGAAAAACCCAUCUCCGUGGACAUCGCUACGACGAAGGCAGUGGUCGAGAAGUCUGCUUCUCGGCCUGACCUCAUAUUCCUCAUCCCUUUCACCCGCCGAUAUGAGAAGUCAUAUCGCCAGGCCAAGGCCCUCGUCGAUCAUGGAGCCCUGGGUGAUAUCCAUGCUGUGGAGACAACUGGUAUUGAUCAAGCAGAUCCCAACGCUUUUUUUGUGUCGUUUUCUGAACAGUCUGGCGGCAUCUUUCUUGAUUUCGGCAUUCACACAGUUGACGCCGGACGAUAUCUGCUGGAUGUCAAAUCUGGUCUCUCCAAUCCCAAGAAGCAAGUAAAUAGAGUCAUUGCCUUUGGCCAGCUUGCUGUUUAUGAGGACUUGGCCAAGUAUGGCGACGCCGACAACGCGUGGGGCUUGGUGGAAUUCGCCAAUGGCAAGAUUUUGAAGACGUACCUCGGUCGCACACUCACCAGUGGCUUUGAGGACACGACUAGAUUGUGUGGUACCAAAGGCCAUUCGAUUAUCAGCGCUCAUUCGAAUGUUGAGAUUCGAGACGCACUGGGUAUAAGGACACAAUCCGUGCCUGAUGCCUUCACUCGCUUCGAAGAGACAUUCCUGACCGAUCUUGCCGAGUUUGCUGAUGCAGUGCUCGACGGUAAACCCUUGACUUGUCAACCGGAGGAUGCGUUCGAGGCGGGCAAGAUCUGCGCUGCUCUACAAUACUCAUUCCGCAGGGGUGUGCCCGUAUACUUUGAUGAUCAUGGUUUGCCCAUAAUGGACUGA